GCAAAAUGUUAUGACAUAACUGCAUCACCUUAAACUAUCUGUGGUGAAUAAUGCUUGCAGCUGAUAAAAUAGAAUGGCUCUUGUGUUGUGAUUUCUGAGAUUAUCUAUCGAAUAAUCAAAAUUAUUCAGUCAUCAAGACUUGUUUUUAUGUGAAAUGUUAAAAACGUUUGACGUCCUCUAUGUGUAUGGAAAUGAAUUUACAAACUUUAUUUCAGGAUUUUAAUCCAAGCAAAUUUGUGGUUCACAGCUGUUUGCUAAUAUUUACUGCGUUAUUAGCUUUAAAGUUAGAUAAUUCGAUAACAUGGUCGUACUGGGCCGUGUUUACUCCAAUAUGGGUGUGGAAAUUUCUUGUGGUUCUUGGUGCCACAGUUGGCACAUAUGUUUGGUGGCAGUACCCUCACUUCAGGUUGGAGGGUGAAGCGUACAUUCAUUACAAAGCUAUGCUGAUAAGUCUUGCCAUUCACUUGAUCCUGCUUAUGUUUGAGCUGCUAGUAUGUGACCAGUUGACCACCAGUCGCCAUGUGUGGAUAUUGGUGUUUAUUCCACUCAUCUUUAUAAGCAUAGUUUCCAUUGCCAUCUGUAUAUGGUCUGUGAAACAUGAUCGCAGCUAUGAGUUGGAACUAUUUUGUGCUGUAAAUAUACUCCAGUUCAUAUUUCUGGCACUGAAGCUGGAUGAGUUCAUCAGUUGGUCAUGGGAGGUUGUGUUUGUACCGCUGUGGAUACUGAUGUGCCUCAGUCUUGUAGGGGUCCUUUACAGUAUAAUAUUUGCUGGGAUCCUACUCCGGACACCCGAGGUGAACAUACAACAGCGGCGUACUAGCUUUAACUCGGCUCUAGCGUACACGUUCACAGUCAUACCUAUAUUGGUGUUUCAGGUGCUAUUAACAAACAAGUUGGACGAUGGCCUGCCCCUCACGUACACAGUGGUGGUCAGCCCGCUAUUCGUCAGCUACGCGACCCUCAUCAUCAUGUCGUUCAGCUCUAAAGGAGGCAAUAAAUGGUGGUUCGGAAUCAGGAAAGACUUCUGUCAGUUCCUUCUCUCAGUAUUCCCACUGCUACAAGAGUACGCGAACAUUGCGUACAAUAACAACGUGAACCGAGGCGCCAAUGUAGUGCCGAGCGAGCCCCCCGAACCGUACCGCGACGACGAAACGCAAAAGAAAGUAAAAGAAAGCAAAAAAUCGCAGAAGAAUCAAAAGAAAAACGAAAUAAUGAAACCAGUAGUGCCUAUAACGAGUAUAGACAUGCCAGAUUGAUGUUUAUAUAGCUCGGUAAGUGCUGAAAUGUGUGUUCACUCGUUAGACGAUACCUUCUGUAUUGAUCGGGCUUCUAAAUAUUACUAUGGAGCAAUAUUAAACAUUGUUAAGUUUGAUAUUAGGGCUAUGCUACACGUUCCCUGUUUAGGUUAACUUAGUGAAAGGAUAUUACAUACAUUGUGUACAUUUUUAUUGUUAUUUCUAUGUAGGCUAAUUCAUUGAUGUUUAUUUUAGUACAGUUUGUUUGUUGCCAUGGCAGCUCGCCUUAUUAAGUUUUGUGUCGUUCAUAUCCCACGAGUUUUUUGUUCACACCAAAUAGCAAUUGUUCUUGCUUAUUAAAUUAAGGUUUUAAUAGACAAUACCAGAUUAUAUCAAUGAAUUAUUUUGGUAUAGUGAAAUAUUUUGGCAUGUUUAUAAUGAAAGUGAUAAAUUUUAAAGUAUUUUGUAGGAGUACCUGUGAAUGAAUUAAUCUCUUAUUUAAUGAAGUGGCUUUAGUAUUAACCUGACAGGUAAUGGUGAUAAUUGUUAGUCAUAUCAAAAUAAGCAAUCUUGCUGUGUAGGUACUAGUUUGGUUGGUCAUCAUCACACGUUCAACUAACCAACAAUUAAAAUCAAUUCAUUCUUUGCCAUUAUUUUUAGACGCUAAAUUUUAAACGUCUCAACAUAGACAUAAGAGAGGCGACCUAUUUAUUUUCAAAAUCGUGUGCUUAGUAAAAUUUAUGUAGAUUAAAAAUUGUAUGUAUAUUUAUGGGUAAAAUAUACCGGAACAUCAUCGCGUUUGCUUUCCUUUUGUUUUGUAUAAAUAAUGAAAUUGAAUUAGUGUAAGGUUUGUUGCAAAUCUUGCCUAGUUUCUGAGAAAAGAAGUAGUAAUUUAAAAAGAGAAUAAUAUUUGUCUUGGAAACAAAGUGAUCGAUUUUAUCUGUGGCUACGGCCCUUAUUAGCGUAGGUUUCAGUAACUAAUUUAAUAGAAAAAUUUAAAAAUGUUCCAAUUUGAAAUUUUUGAAUAAGGAAUUGUAAUGGAAUUCAU